UUCGCCCCUCUCUAAAUUCAUUCAACUGCACGGAAGCUUAUUUUCUCUCUCAAUAUCGCGGAGGAGCUGUUUUCUCUCUCUCAAUAUCGUGGAGGAGCUGUUUUCUCUCUCUAGAUCUAAGCAGUUCGUGUUUGUUUUCAUCAUCUUUUCAAGAUGCAGAUCUUUGUCAAGACCCUCACUGGGAAGACCAUUACUCUUGAGGUCGAGAGCUCGGACACUAUCGAUAAUGUGAAGGCCAAGAUUCAGGAUAAGGAGGGAAUCCCCCCUGAUCAGCAGAGGCUCAUCUUUGCUGGUAAGCAACUUGAGGAUGGCAGAACUCUUGCUGAUUACAAUAUCCAAAAGGAGUCCACACUACACUUGGUGCUCAGGCUUCGUGGGGGGAUGCAGAUCUUUGUCAAGACCCUCACUGGGAAGACCAUUACUCUCGAGGUCGAGAGCUCUGACACUAUUGACAACGUGAAGGCCAAGAUUCAAGACAAGGAGGGUAUUCCUCCUGACCAGCAAAGACUAAUUUUUGCUGGUAAGCAACUCGAGGAUGGUCGGACUCUUGCCGACUACAACAUCCAGAAAGAGUCUACUCUCCAUUUGGUGCUCAGGCUUCGUGGGGGCAUGCAAAUUUUCGUCAAGACCUUGACUGGCAAGACCAUUACCCUGGAGGUUGAAAGCUCAGAUACAAUUGACAACGUGAAGGCUAAAAUUCAAGACAAGGAGGGUAUUCCCCCUGACCAGCAAAGGCUAAUUUUUGCUGGUAAACAGCUUGAGGAUGGAAGGACCCUUGCUGACUAUAAUAUCCAGAAAGAGUCUACUCUUCACUGUCUCAGGCUUCGUGGGGGCAUGCAAAUUUUUGUCAAAACCUUGACUGGCAAGACCAUUACCUUGGAGGUUGAGAGCUCGGAUACAAUUGAUAACGUGAAGGCCAAAAUUCAAGAUAAGGAGGGAAUCCCGCCUGACCAGCAGAGGCUUAUUUUUGCUGGCAAACAGCUUGAGGAUGGCCGGACCCUUGCCGACUACAAUAUCCAGAAGGAGUCCACACUCCAUUUGGUGUUGAGGCUCCGUGGAGGAAUGCAGAUUUUUGUUAAGACCCUGACCGGCAAGACCAUUACUCUUGAAGUGGAAAGCUCGGAUACCAUUGACAAUGUGAAGACGAAGAUCCAAGACAAGGAGGGGAUUCCACCUGAUCAGCAGAGGUUGAUCUUUGCUGGUAAGCAGCUCGAGGAUGGUCGUACCCUGGCGGACUACAAUAUCCAGAAGGAGUCCACCCUCCAUUUGGUGCUCCGCCUUCGUGGGGGUCAGUAAUGGGUGGCCUUCUCUGCGUCUCUAUGCUUUGGAUGAACUGCUCUCUCUCUCAAUAGUAUGAACCCGUUUUUUUUUCAUGGUUGUGUGUUGAACUGUUCUUGGCCAGCUUGUUUCUAGCUGGGCUUUUGAUUGGGUUUUUUUUUAGUGUGGAUGCUUUAAAUAUAAUAAAUAUGAUAUUGUGAAUAACGCCUGUGUUCUUGUGGUCUUUUAUGGAUGAGAUGUGAAAAUGUUGUG